AAAUGAAAACUGAGAUUCUCAUAUAAUCUCCUGACUCCAGAAGCUGGGGCUUUAAAAAAACACCAAAUUUUGCACCAACUCAAGAUAAAGUUAAAAGAGCUGGCAAUGCUGCAUAACCCUUAUGCUGCCCUCUGCCAUUUCUUUUUAAGCAGACCUUUGCCAUAAUAAAAGAGGACUUGCCUGGGAAACGAACCUGCUGUCUUUUGGCCAAUAUCUUUUCACCGUCCUCAUACAAAAUGCCCUUAGCCAGAACAGAAGUAUGGAGACUUGUAUUUUCUUCCUACAGAGAGCAGUGGCAACUGUCAGGGGAGAGGACAUGGAAAACCAAGCUAGCAAACAGCAACUGUAGGAAGACUGACAGCAAGAUUGGAAGAGGAAAACAGGCCUUUCUGCUUUUUUCACUCCCAAUUGGUUUCUUACUGCUGAAUGAACUAGUCAUUGAACUAAAGUACUUGAAUACACUGAAAUGAAGAAAAUGCUCUCUUUCUGAACCUGCAGAAGAGGCUUCCAGAGUUAGAGAGUGAAAUUUCUCUUGAACACUAUCAGAGAAGAAGUGAAUGACCAGUAUUGGUCUACUACAUUCAAGACCAUUUCUCCAUGGAAAACUGAAUAGGUGCAUCAGAGUACACCACGUAUGAGUUUCAGGGAGUCAUAUCCUUUUUCACUAUUUCUGUGAAACAAUUAACUGGCCAGCCCCUGAAGAGAACCUAGAUGACUGCAGUCACUAAGGAGUUACAGUUUGCACACACAACUAGGGGAAAUUUUGGAUGUGUGUAGGCAGCCAAUAAAAGAGGAGAUAAACAAUGCAGCUGACUCAUACCCAGCAAGGCUUAGACUGUGAUUGCAUCACUGUUCCAGGCAGAUCACAGCUCUUUGCUGCAGUCGCACUAGCUCACUCCCGUAGUCUCUAUGCCCACACGUCUGGAGUCCCCCCACUAAACGGCAGAAAAUGGCCAAUCUGAUGCCUGUAAUAGCCCAGGAAGAGCUGGAUAACUUUAUCUUCACCAGGACAAGUUCUGGCUUCGCCCUCAAAGCCUUUCAUGCUCCUCAGAACAUUAACAUAUCACUGAAGCUGCUGACCAGCCAGAAUACAACAGAGAGUGAGCUGAAGGUGCUACUCCAAGAUGUAGCAAACACACGACGCAUUCAGUCUGAACAGCUCCUGCCUUCUCUUGGGAUCUACCAAUCUCAGGGACUUCUGGGGGUCGUGACUGAAUGGAUGUGCAAUGGAUCCCUCCACUCCCUCAUCCACGAGCACCACCUGUACCCAGAAUUGCCUUUUCCCCUACUCAUGCGGAUCCUGUCAGAUGUGGCUGAAGGAUUAUAUCAUCUCCAUAGGCUAGACCCUCCUCUCCUCCACUACAGCCUGAAACCCUCCAAUGUCCUUUUGGAUACACAAUAUAGAGCUAAGAUAACAGAUUAUGGUCUAACCUCCUGGAGGAAGCAGCAAAGAUCAGUCCUGCAGAACUGCAAUAGAAGCUGCUGGGAUUUGGUAUAUCUCUCUCCUGAAAUACUUAAAGGAGGUGUACCCUCACAAGAAGGAGAUAUUUACAGCUUUGGAAUGCUAUGUUGGGAAAGCAUAAGCAGACAGAAACCUUUUGAAGGCAAAAAAAACCUGCUGGAAGUUGUGACAGGAGUCUGUAGUGGCCUGCGGCCUGGGACUGAAGCAGAGUAUAUACAGAGCAAUUUGCCUCAGAGAAAUAGGCUGUUACAGCUCAUCAUACUGUGCUGGCACCAAGACCCAGAUUACAGGCCCCAAACUGCAGAUUGUGCAGAACUCUUAAGGAGAAUUUUGAACGCUUUUAGCAAGGAGAAGAUUUCCAGUGCAAUCUACAGUUUGAUUGAUGCAAAGGAGAGAGCAGUAAAUGCCUGCAAAGGCUCAGUUCCACACAUGCGUCAGACACAUGUGCACAACCUAGAGGUCGUCUGUGCACAGAAAAACAGCAACCGGCUUAUCGACAAGUGUGUCCAUCUAACAGCACAGGAAUUGUCAACUGUUCUUGACAGCCCUGCAGGAAGAGAGGAGGCUAAUCAGAUGGCACUUGCAGAUAUCACAACACCAAACACAACACAAAAAAGAGCUCAUCCGGGCAGUAGAGAAUCAGCUCUGCAGCAUUCCUUUCCCACUCCUUGUACUUCUGAUCCACAUGCAAGCAGAGAAGAUGGUGGUCAGUGUCAAAGGGACCCAAAGAUGUGGCAGCAGCCGCCACUACAGUUAUCACUGCCACCUGAGCAAAGUCCCCAUCAUAGCCAAUUUCAAAGCACACAGUUUGAACAAACAUUAACAGGUCCUUGCUGCAAAGGCAACUGCUGCCAGAUCCUAGCCUGUGGGCGACAGACUAUCUUGAGCUGCAUGACAGAAGGGCGCCUCAACCACAUUCUUGAUGUCCUUCGCUCCCAGCAAGUGUUGUCUAAAAUGGACUAUGAAAUGAUCACCUCUUUCCCCACCCUGACCAGCCGCGCUCGUGCUUUGUUGGACACUUGCCUCUGCCUUGGCGAGGGGGCAGCUCAGAUUGUAGUGACUGUGCUCUCAACUAGCAAAUGUAGCCCUCUGGCACGAGGCAGCCACAUCACAGACAGCUCUGCUAAAUUAAAUAGACGACUGCAGUGACUUAAGUUAUUUUCCAUGGCAUAUUUCAUGGAUCGGUGCACUGAUAACUUGGAAUGACAUUAAUUCAUGUUCAUUUCUCAUUACCCACUGACUAAAAAGUCUGUUCCUUUUCCUAUUGCUCAGUGACUUUAGUCCUCUAAGAGUUCAAGACAACCAUUGCCUGCAGAAAUAACAGAGCCUGGUAAUAUAUAUUCCAACUUGGACCUCUGAGUUGGUAGGAUUAUGGGAGUAUGCCAGAGUCUAGUUCAAGUCACAUGUCACUUAUUAUUUCCUGGUUUCUUGAUGGAGGUAAAUUGGUUGUGACUUAUUGGUGGAUGGUUGAGAGGAAGACUGAUGCUAAGCUCUUCCAUGUCUGAAAGGCACUUAAGGAUGGGCUGCUGCCUAGGAAGGAAGAAAGAAGCUGAUUUUGCCAACAGCCAAGCAAGCUGUCACAGUGAAAGUGAAAAGCAUUAAGGAAUAACUUUUCAGGAUCGCUUCAAAUGAGCCUCUGAAAUUUAACAUCUUGCAAACUGAAUCAUUUUUUAAAUUUUUCUUGCACAAAUGCUCAUUUGUCCUUGUAAACUGGUACACUUACAUUUAGCAGGUGCAAAUUCAGAGACUCUUUUGAAAUAAAAUGGCCAUAAACAGGUUAAAGUUACCUGGAUACAGCAUGUUAAUGUCGUUCAGUUUAUGAAUGAUACAGGCAUACAACGUGAAGUUAAGCUGUGAGAUAAGAGGUGCCAAACUGGCCACUUUGGAAGGACAUUGAACUGUAAAUAAAGAUACGAACAUCAAAUAUUAUCUUAGUUAAAACAAAAAUGAAGUGUGCAAGGUGCCUCCAUUAGAAAGCACAGUGGGAUGCCUGCACUAGUCAUGGCACUGGAUAAGCCCAAGAACAUUAUCAUUACAAGAUGUAUAGAUAUUUCAGAUGCCAAGCUACAUUGUUCUGUUUCGCUACAUUGCAAUUGUUCUUUUAAUUUCCAAGAUGUUCAAUUAAUCCUGUGGUUUGAUGUGUUGGAAUCUUAAAUGCAAGAGUGGAGUGUUUUAAAGCAUAUUUAUACAAGGGAUUAUUUAUUCCACAUGAUAUAAUUUGAAACCACUAGCUUUAGAAGUUUUAAAAUCAACAUUUUAGAAAAUUCAGUCAAACUGUGUUAAGGCUGCUUUGUGACUAAAAAUGGCUAAAAUUUAAAGCAGUGUCAAAGUGUGUUAGAAAUGUCAUUUUUUACUUUAUUAAGGGGGCAACUUUCUAGCUCCUAGAAGUUUAAUGUUUCAUGCUGCAUUUUAAAUGAGAGACUUCUGUUUCUCCAACAGACCACAGAACAGCUUUUGGUACAACAUAGGGCUCUUGUCACUGGUCAAAAAGGGAACGAGUCCCUCCACCGUAUUCCUUCCUUCUGUGGAAGGAAGCACAAUUGUCAAGACUUAAAUAUCUGGUAUCAGGAAUCAUUCCAUUCAACUGUUAUACUGGAGUUUUUAAACUUCUAUAUAACAUUGAUGGGACAGUAGACAACUCUAGUUUAUGAUAUAUUUUGAAAUGAGUGCCUGAUUUUAAUGCAUAACUUAGUCUUUGUCCACCCAUAUCCUCCAUCAGUCUCUGAAAGAUUUCAGUUUUGCACAAAACUUUCACUUCUGUUUACUUCCAUGCAGUUACAGAGAACCUCAGCAACCCAUACUAACAACGUAUUUUCUGUAAGUUACGUGAAAUCCAUUAUACAAAUAUCUAUUAAUAUAAUAGAUUUACUUCCUAAGUGGUCUUUUAAAUGUUUAGCAUCCUCCAAAAUAAAGCAGACCAAGUGGAUAGAAAUAAAUAGUCAGAAAAUAAUACAGAUUCAUCUUUAAAAAAUGUAGUCUUUAUGCAUCUGCUGAAAAUCUGAACCCCAGAGAUGCAAUGUGGGAGAAACUAGGUAAGCAGUAAUAGUGACCAAGAGACCUGUAAGUGACAGUAGUGGACAGCUAAUUGCAUAUGAAUUUGUAGAGCCCUGCAUGGAUAUAAAAUUUGUAUCCGCAUGCAAUCCACAAGAAUGAUCCGCGGAUAUGGAUUUCCAUGGAUAUAAAGCGGAUACCUGAGUAUUUGAAGAGCAAUAUGAAUUUGGAAUGUGAUAUAGCAAGACAAAGGGCUAGUGCAUUUUGGGACUGAGUACACAGAUUUCAUGUAAUGGAGUAUGACUGUUGUAGUCCCUUCUAUAUGAUUUUGGCAUGACCACAACUGGAUUAUUAUAUUAAGCUCUGGGCAUCCAAUUAAUGGACAGAUGUGGCCUGGAGUCCAGACAAGAGCUACUGACAUUAAAGAGAUUGAUGUGAGGACUGAGGGAGAAGAGGAAAAUAAUUGUUCACAGGUACCUGAAGGAUGUAAAUACUAAACACCAAGAUGGAAAAGGGAUUAUCAGGUACAAGAGGGUAUUUUGACAGAUAUGGCAAUUUCCUGCAAUAUCCUUGGCAUUCCUUAGUGUAUUACGUUUAUGUAUUAUUGCAAGCCAAGAUAGUAUGUAACCUCUCUGUGGGGAAGAUGUGGUAGAUGUGAGACCUGGAAGUUCCAAAGACUAUAUUCAAAAUGUGCUGGUCAUGUAUGGACUUCUGGGACAAUAAAUGUUAAGUGGGGAAAUUCCUAGGGAGAGGUUAAUGCAAAUUCCCCAACUCUGGUUAUGCAAUACCCCAGCCUUUGGAAGCUACCCCUGGAGGAGAAGGUCAUUGUCUGUUGAUUAUUUGUUACAGAAGGCUGGGGUCAAAGGUCUGAGCUGCAUAACGAACAGCUGAUAUACCCAGCCUUCGUUCUGGUUCUGGCUCUAAGACAGGUCCAUGCAGAAAACCCAUGUUGAGGGUUUUGAACAACUGAAAUCUACCAGAGCCCUAAGUUGGAAUUGAGGGUGACCUCUGGUAAGCUUUUUAGUGUGCAUGUAGGUUUUGUUAUUAUUUUAAUCUGUUUUCUCUGUUUCUGAACAAGCACAUUUAUUCUUAAGGUAAAAAGAGCCAUAUGGUACCUUAUAAUUGCUGGCAAUACACUGUUCAUAGCCCUCAGAGAGAAAGCAAAGCACAGGUGCUGGUGUUUUUAGGCAGUCUGGCUUGUUGGGGAUAUCAGUGUAAGCAAGGAAGCUUGCUUAAAGUCUCCAGUACAGAGGGAAUGAGAUACGAGUCUCCACCCAAAAGAGGUGACUGCUGGGAGUCAGAAAUCUUUAAAUGCGUGCUCUUGAGGGAACACAGGUACAGUUACACCUCUACCCCGAUAUAACGUGACCUGA